AUAAUUCUCCACCACCACCAUCUCAUCCCCCGCCAUCGACCACCACACAUACUUACACAGACACAGGCAUCAUGUCUUCACCAGCUACUCGGAGGACUCGUGCCUCCAACAAGUCAUCCACACCGUCAAGGUCGUCCCGAGAGCCCCCUAGCAGCCCGACUCUCAGAGAAUCAACACCCCGUGCCGCCCGAGCCCUUGCCGCCGAGCGCAACAUCCCAUCAUCCUCCCCAGCAGCUUACCAGUCUUCUCCGAUGAGGCAACGGAGUGCGGAGACGCCAGACGUUAGAAUGGGUGAUGCUAGCUCACAGGUUGAUGAUGGGGACCGGACCCCGCGAGCGAACCAGGGAGUGAGAGAUUCUUCUCCUAUCAGUUAUAUUGCCAGCUCCAGUCCCGCUCGUGGUCUGGGUCGAUCCGAUAUCCGCUCUGACAUCCGUUCCGAUGCCCUGAGUACCAGCAGUGGACUAUUCGUCUCCCCCAGCGGCGGCCGCAGAGGCCCUCGCCGCAGUGACCUUCACUCCAGCAGUCUCAGCUCGACCCCCGCUCGUCGGAAUCGCAUGUUCGUUGGUCCUAAUGGCAUGCCCGCUGGUGACAAUGCUCCUCGCUCCGAUGCGACUUUUUCCAACAUCAACCCUGGCACCUCCGAGGCUGAGGCCAUGGCAGGCAACUCUACUCGUGUGAUUUGGGGUACGAAUGUCUCGAUUCAUGAUUCCAUGUCCGCAUUUAAGAAUUUCCUGUACAACUUUGCGACGAAAUACCGCCUCUGGGCUGAGGGCGCGUCGGAUAACGAGGUUCGCAUUAUGGGUGAGGCGGCAGAGAAGCGGGAAUAUAUCACUAUGAUGAACGAUAUUCGCCGACUUGGCUUGACGACUUUCAACCUUGAUUGCAAGAAUCUCAAGGCCUAUCCUCUCACACAAAAGCUGUGGCACCAGCUGCUUGCAUACCCGCAAGAAAUCGUGCCUUUAAUGGAUCAGGCUGUCAAGGACGUCAUGGUUGAUUUGGCUCUGAAGGAGAUGGAUGUGUUGCGGUCCGAGAUCCAGCGCGGUGGCCAGCGCGACCGUCGCGGCCAGUCUAUCCUGACCUCGGAUGGCGUUGGUCCCGCCGCUGAUGUGCCUGAUUUGGUUCAGGAGGUUGAGACAGUCAACUAUAAGGUCCUGCCGUUUGGCCUGGACCAGAGCAUCAACAUGAGAGAUUUGGACCCAGCUGACAUGGACAAGCUGGUCAGCAUCAAGGGUCUGGUCAUUCGUACCACUCCUAUUAUUCCCGACAUGAAGGAUGCUUUCUUCCGCUGCAGUGUCUGCAGCUACGGUGUCACUGUCGAGAUUGACCGUGGCAGAAUUGCCGAGCCCACUACCUGUCUUCGCGACUCUUGCAAGUCGCGAAACUCCAUGCAGCUCAUUCACAACCGCUGCAACUUCUCCGACAAGCAAGUCAUUAAGCUGCAAGAAACCCCAGAUAACGUCCCCGAUGGCCAAACACCUCACUCCGUGUCUCUGUGCGUUUACGAUGAAUUGGUCGAUGUCUGCAAGGCUGGUGACCGCGUCGAGGUGACGGGUAUCUUCCGUUGCAACCCGAUGCGCGUCAGUGCUCGCCAACGCUCGCAGAAGGCUCUCUUCAAGACCUACAUCGAUGUUCUGCAUGUGCAGAAGGUUGACCGCAAGAAGAUGGGCAUUGAUGUGUCCACCAUUGAGCAGGAGAUGUCUGAGCAAGCUGCCGAGGCCGACCAGGCUCGCAAGAUCUCGGCCGAGGAGGAAGAGAAGAUUCGACGCACUGCUUCCCGUCCCGACCUCUACGAGCUGCUGUCGCGGUCCCUGGCCCCUAGUAUCUACGAGGCGGACGAUGUGAAGAAGGGUAUCCUGCUGCAGAUGUUCGGCGGUACCAACAAGACCUUCCAGAAGGGUGGUAACCCGCGGUACCGUGGUGACAUUAACAUCCUGCUUUGCGGUGACCCUUCUACCGCCAAGUCUCAACUCCUGCGUUACGUGCACAAGAUCGCCCCCCGUGGUGUCUACACCAGUGGUAAGGGUUCGUCGGCUGUCGGUUUGACUGCCUAUGUCACUCGGGACCCCGAGACUAAGCAGAUGGUGCUGGAGUCUGGUGCCCUGGUUUUGUCUGAUGGCGGUACUUGCUGCAUUGACGAGUUCGACAAGAUGAACGAAGCCACCCGGUCCGUCCUCCACGAAGUGAUGGAGCAGCAGACCGUGUCCAUCGCCAAGGCUGGUAUCAUCACCACUCUCAACGCCCGAACCUCUAUCCUGGCGUCUGCCAACCCAAUCGGCAGUCGCUACAACCCCAAGCUGCCCGUUCCCCAGAAUAUUGACCUGCCCCCAACUCUGCUCUCUCGUUUCGACCUGGUGUACCUCGUUCUGGAUCGUGUGGACGAAACAGAGGAUCGCCGCCUGGCCAAGCACUUGGUCGGCAUGUAUCUGGAGGAUACCCCCGAGAACGCUGCCUCUGAGGAGAUACUGCCCAUCGAAUUCCUCACAGCCUACAUCACCUACGCCAAGACCCGAGUCCACCCCGUCAUCACCCCCGAAGCCGGCGCCGCCCUCUCCGACGCCUACGUCGCCAUGCGCCAGCUCGGCGACGACAUCCGCGCCACCGAGCGCCGCAUCACAGCCACAACCCGACAACUAGAAUCCAUGAUCCGUCUCUCAGAAGCACACGCGCGCAUGCGCCUCUCCCCCCGAGAAGCCGUGCGCCUGAUCCGCUCCGCCAUCAAGCAGGCCGCGACGGACGCCCGCACUGGCCUGAUCGAUAUGGGGCUGUUGACUGAAGGUACUAGUGCUAGUGAGCGCCGACUGCGUGAGGACCUGAAGAAGGCUGUGCUGGCACGGCUUGAGGAGCGUGGUGGUGUGGCUGGUACGGCUGUGCGUUGGGGUGAUUUGUUCCGUGAUAUGACUGAGUCUAGUGAUGUUGCGCUGGAUCAUCAUCAGUUUGGUGAUGCGGUGCGCUCGCUUGAGGCUGAGGGCGCGGUGCAUGUUUCGGGUGAGGGUGCUCGGCGGAGUAUUCGUCGGGCGGCGACUGGUCUGUCCUAG